AUGACCGUGGAGAGAGUCUUCGACGAGCUCGGACAUUUCAAAAGAUUUCAGGCAUGUCUGUAUUUUGCUGCCAUCUUCCAGGCCACUGCGUGUGGAAUCCACUACCUGGCCUCCGUCUUCCUGGUCGAGACCCCAAACUUCGUGUGCGGGGUGCCCGGCAACGUCACCGAUGUCCUGUACGGUAACAUCACAGGAUCUCGUUUAGAGGAAAUCCUGCCGCUCAUCGGGUUAGGGAGUGGACCCCUGGUGGUGAGGACAGCUGAGGGGGAGCAGUGGGAACUGAGCCGGUGCCGCUGCGCCCUGCGGACCGACCCAAAAGACUUCACCUAUGAGUUCAGCGGCAACAAAACAGUGAUGGAAUGCAGCGGGAACUUUGUUUACGACCACACCGAGAUCCACCAAAGCAUCGUGACGGACUGGGACUUGGUGUGUGACGGAGAGUGGUUGGCCAAGCUGUGCCAGCCCACGUUCAUGCUGGGGGUGCUGAUCGGAGCGCUGGUGUUCGGGGACAGUGCUGACAGGGUUGGUCGUGUGAAGAUUCUGAUGUUUACAAGCCUCUGUCAGUUUGGACUUGGGGUGUUGGUAGCGUUCUCUUAUAGCUACUAUUUUUUCUUGGCGCUUCGCUUUCUGCUUGCCAUGGUAUCCAGCGGCUACCUGGUGGUGGUGUUUGUAUACGUUACAGAGUUCACCGGCAGCAAAGUACGCACUUGGACCUCCAUGCACGUCCAUGCAGCCUUUGCAGUCGGCAUCAUGGUGGUGGCUCUGACUGGUUACCUGGUCCGGGUCUGGUGGCUCUACCAGAUCAUCCUCUCCAUUUGCACUUCACCCUUCCUCCUCUUCUGCUGGAAGUUCCCUGAGACGCCUUUUUAUUUGAUGGCCAAAGGCCGCUACAAGGAGACUCAGACCCUGUUGGACACCAUCGCUCGCUGCAACGGCCUCGAGUGCAGGCUGCAGGCGGAGGAGCUGCUGCAGCCGGAGAGGAAGGAGAAUGGAGAAGCUCUGCUGAAGCAGGAUGUAGAAGAGAAGCCGACACAGCCUGAAAAGAAGCUGUCCAUCCUGGAUCUGUUUGGCAGCUGGAGGAUGACGAGUCGAACUUGCACAGUUUGGGCAAUCUGGUUCAUCGGCAGCUUGGGCUACUAUGUAUUCUCUUUAGGCUCCGUCAACCUGGGAGGAAACCAGUACGUCAACCUCUUCUUGGCUGGUGCAGUGGAGAUUCCCGCAUAUCUGGUUGGCUGUUUUGCUAUGGACCGGAUUGGAAGGAAGAUGACGUGCGCCCCAGCGCUGCUCUUGGCCGGAGUCUCGUGCAUGCUCAUCAUAGUGGUGCCGGCUGACAUCCAGGCUCUGGCUGUCACGCUCAGCAUGAUUGGAAAGUUUGCUGUUGCAAUCGCCUUUGGUCUGAUCUACCUGUACACCUGUGAGCUUUACCCAACCAUCAUCAGAUCUCUGGCAGUGGGCAGUGGCAGUAUGAUGUGUCGUGUCGGCAGUGUGGUAGCUCCUUUCUGUGUGUGCCUGGCUGAUGUAUGGACCUACCUACCUCAGCUCAUUGUAGGAAUCCUGGCAUUCAUCAUUGGAGUGCUGACUUUGCUGCUGCCCGAGACGCUGGGUGAACCCUUAACGACCACCCUGGAGGAGGCUGAGUCUCUCGGACGUGAUCCCAGGAAGAAGAACUCGAACCCGAACGACAAAGACGCAGAGGAAGGGAUGGAGCUGAAUCAAAACGAAGCAAAGGCCUGAGCUUGCGCUGUGGGGGGAAAUAAAAUCACAGCUGGAGGAACAGAACGGACAAAUGAGGGUUGAUGCAGCAGUUUUCAGGAUUUUGAACUGUUGGAAGAAA